GUACUCAUAAGAAUGAAGAAAAGAAGAGAAGAAAUAACACGAGUUUUAAUUUUUGAGUCCUCGCUAAUCAAUGGAUUUCUAUAAGAAAUUUCUGUCGGCGGAUUGAGAUUUGUAUUAUUUUUCGAUUCAGAUUUAAAUCCUCCAUUUCUUCACAGCUAUAAAGUUAUUUUCUUUUUCUAUUUUAAUGCAUCGUUCUCACUGAUCCUACAAUCCCACUGUCGAGCACAAACUCUCUCUAUCUCUCUUUCCAGCUCAGUGGGGGCAAAUCGGAAAGCUCGCCGGAUCGUCGUCGGAGGUACCCUUUUGAAGUAAUUGUCAUUUUGGUUGUGAAGUUUCAAGAUCCUUCGUACUUGGGCAGAUUCAAAAGAUUUUUCACAUUUAGAUAAUGGGCUCGAAGCAUAAUUUGCCGGCAAACAGAAACCGAGGUCCUAUAUCUCUAUUUGCUGUGAUUGGUCUAUGCCUUUUCUUUUACAUUUUGGGAGCAUGGCAGAGAAGUGGAUUUGGGAAAGGAGAUAGCAUAGCAAUGGAAAUUACCAGGUUAUCAAAUUGCAACACUGUUAAAGACUUGAACUUUGAAACUCAUCAUAGUAUCGAGAUUACUGAAUCUACUGAACCAAAAACAAAGGUUUUCAAACCAUGCGACAAAAAGUACACAGAUUAUACACCUUGCCAGGAGCAAGACCGAGCUAUGAGAUUCCCUAGGGAGAAUAUGAUAUACAGGGAAAGGCAUUGUCCUCCAGUAGACGAAAAGUUGCACUGCCUCAUUCCAGCACCCAAAGGUUAUAUGACUCCGUUUCCUUGGCCUAAAGGCCGUGAUUAUGUUCAUUAUGCCAAUGUUCCAUAUAAGAGCCUGACAGUUGAGAAGGCAAAUCAGCAUUGGGUAGAGUUUCAGGGCAAUGUAUUUAAAUUUCCUGGUGGUGGGACAAUGUUUCCUCAAGGAGCCGAUGCAUAUAUUGAUGAACUAGCAUCAGUUAUUCCAAUUGCAGAUGGUUCCAUUAGAACAGCUCUGGAUACUGGUUGUGGGGUUGCUAGCUGGGGUGCAUAUUUGUUCAAGAGAAAUGUAUUAGCCGUGUCGUUUGCACCAAGGGACAAUCACGAAGCACAGAUACAGUUUGCACUUGAGCGUGGUGUACCUGCUUUUAUUGGCGUAUUGGGUAGUAUACGCCUUCCAUUUCCAUCUAGAUCCUUUGAUAUGGCCCAGUGUUCAAGAUGCCUCAUACCAUGGACUUCAAAUGAUGGUAUGUAUCUGAUGGAAGUUGACAGAGUCCUCAGACCUGGUGGCUAUUGGAUCCUAUCUGGCCCUCCAAUCAACUGGAAGACCUAUUACCAGACAUGGAAACGUGCUAAGGAGGAUCUAAAUGCAGAGCAGAAGAAAAUCGAAGAGCUAGCCGAGCAGCUUUGCUGGGAGAAAAAAUAUGAGAAGGGAGAUAUUGCCAUCUGGAGGAAAAAGGAAAAUGACAAAUCCUGUAAAAGGAAGAAGACUGCAAAAAUAUGUGAAGCAAAUGAUGUAGAAGAUGUCUGGUACCAGAAAAUGGAAACAUGCGUCACCCCUUUUCCCGAGGUAACAAGUGAUGGAGAAGUAGCAGGAGGGAAAUUGAAGAAGUUCCCAGCACGGCUUUUUGCUGUACCUCCCAGAAUAUCCGAGGGUCUAAUUCCAGAUGUUACAGCUGAAUCCUUUGAAGAGGACAACAAAAUAUGGAGGAAGCAUGUCAAUGCUUACAAGAGGAUAAAUAACUUGAUUGGCAGCCCACGAUAUAGGAAUGUGAUGGAUAUGAAUGCAAACCUCGGGGGAUUUGCAGCUGCGGUUCACUCAAAAAAUUCUUGGGUAAUGAAUGUUGUGCCUACAAUUUCCAAGAACACUCUAGGAGCCAUUUAUGAGAGAGGUCUUGUUGGCAUGUAUCAUGAUUGGUGUGAGGGCUUCUCUACAUACCCGAGGACAUAUGACUUCAUUCAUGGAAAUGGUGUAUUCGAUUUGUACGAGAACAAUUGCAAUCUUGAGGACAUACUUCUAGAGAUGGACCGUGUUUUGAGACCAGAGGGAAUCGUCAUCCUCCGAGAUGGGGUCGACGUCAUGAAUAAGGUGAAGAAGAUAGCUGCAGGCAUGAGAUGGGAUGUGAAAUUGAUGGAUCAUGAGGAUGGUCCUCUUGUGCCAGAGAAGAUAAUGGUUGCUGUUAAACAGUACUGGGUUGUAAGCAGCUCACAUAACAGCACUUCCAGUGAUGAAUAGAUCUGAUUAGAGAGCAACAAAUGCUAGAUUUUUAGCAGCUUCUCAAAAGGAACCUUUUUGUUUUUAGAAUUUUAUUCAUGUGUAAGCUAGUGUUAUUGGUAAAGUAGAGAGAGCUUGUAAAAUUAAGCAAAGAAAUACUGAGAUUGAUCACAGGGAAAUAUAGUAGGCAGGUUAUGUAAUUUCAUCUGCCUAAGUAAUUGGUCAAGGAUGUUGAUGUGAUCAUGGUACACGUAAGAAACUGAGAUGCAAUAUUGAUGAUUCAUAAUUUAUUACCAAAAGAGUUCUAAUUUAUUCACCAAAAA